UUAAACUCAGGCUUAUUCGAAAUUAUUAUUACAGAGGUUAUAUAGUAACACAGCAAAAAUAAUACCGAUUGGAAAAAAAUACCAAAAAACUAAUGAUACUAUAAUUUAAAAAAAAUAAUCAAAAGAAGAAUAACUUGAAAAAGAUCUAACCGGUAGAUAGAAUCAAUAUAGAUGGCCAGCUUACAGAUCAUAGGACAACCCCCUAAAGUGAUCCACACCUACCAGGUGAUUCGAAUCGGAAGCGAUGAGAACGAUAAGACUUUAACUUAUUGUAUUGAAGAUAAGUCCGUAGACAAGUUGCAUGCCACAUUGACGCGCUACGAGAAAGGACUGUAUCUGGUUAACGAGAGCCGCCACGGCAGUGUGACUUUGAAUGGCAGGAAGGUCGGAGGUCCUGUCCAUAUCACCUAUCGGGAUACUUAUCAUGGUUGUUGCCGACUCCACUUUGGUCACGUUGAAGCCCUUCUUCUUGUCUCCGGCAGCCUGAAUGGCUAGCCUCCGACUCUUCGCCGCCAAGGAUACCCAACCAAUCCCCAAUCACUCACCACAUGUAUAACCUAUUCCCAUUUACUUCCAAUACCAUUCCAAUCAUUUUGGCUAGAGAAUUAUGUUUUUAAAUCGUUCGUUAUUGUUUGCUCAAGAUUAUAUUCAAAAGAUGGACAAAUUAAUUCCUAAACACUAGGAUGUUAAAUAAA